CUCUCUCUCUCCCGUCUGCACAGGAAUCGGCCAGCAACAAUGAGCGCUGCCGCGUACGCGACCAUCGAUGAGACUUCUGGGAAGAUUAAUGCCGUGAUUGGACAGCCUCAGUCUGCGGAGGCGGCGCCCCUCGUCGCCCCGCCUGGAGCGCCCACCGUGGGGAUGUGGGUAGAAGAGCGCUACUGCGGGCUUACCACUUGGCUCAUCACCCUCGUGGGAGGCCUCCCGUGUUCGUACUUCUGCCCUUGCGACCGCAGGACGGUGUGGGUCAGCGGAGGAGUCAAGUACAACGAGAAGGGAGCCGUGACCGACGACUACCUCUUCCUCAACCCCUGCCCACCGGGAAGCACGUGCCACCCCAACCCCACCGCCUAACCUGAAGGACAACGCCUCCUUGUUCCAAGGGGAUCGGGGACACGGCGUCUUGGUCGAAAUCAACAACGAACUCAUCUUUUGUCGUUGUUGUUUCGUCAACGUCGAUCGCCAGAUCUUGCCUCUCUUUGGAGCAUCCAAGAUCAACACCAAAAGCUAACCGUUUUUCUUGAAAUACUAUAUAUAUCUGCCGAGUACGAUAGGGUUGGUACCGAGGGAGGGGUGAUAAUUGUUGCUGGUUUUGUUGACACGAUCCUUUUAUGGAUGCCUUGCAUUUUUUAUGCAAACAGAAACGAGACCCUAGCCCGGGUACGUAUUACAAGUGUCAAGUCUGGCGUUUAAUUAAUUAAUGCCAGGUUCUUUUUUUCUAGACAAGGAAGAAUGCAGAACCCUUGCAAGACCAGCCAAAGGUCAUUUUCAAGGCUUUGUAUGUAUAUGAAUUGGCACACCUUUUGCUUCACAUGUUCAGUUUUUUUGUAGUACAGUAUCACCCUCCUCAUGGAAUAUCCCUGUUUUCCGUUAUGGCCUGAUCCUUACAGUGUGAGGUGUUCCUUACACCCUUCCUUACUUUUAUGGAGGAUACAUACAUACCGAAUAUUUUCUUGGUUCUUCCCCCUGAGUUAGAGGCGCUCGCCCCGGCUCUGUACCUGCAGGCCAGGGGUCCUGCACUGCUAUAGGCAUUGGUUGAUCUCGUGGCCGAGAGAUCCCGACAUUAUAAAUUGGAUUCCUUUUG